UGUCCCGGGAGCUGACGCCGAGGACAAGGACGGCGCGGCCAGGCCUGGGCUGAGGCGGCCGGGGCGCCUGCGCAGACGGCCGGGGUCGGAGAGAAGCUGGGGAGCGCGCAGGAGAAUGCAUAAGCUUACAUCGUCUCAGAAGGACAAGGUCCACCAGUUUAUGGCGUUUACUCAGGCUGGCGAGAGCACUGCCAUCUGCUGCUUAACGCAGAAUGAGUGGAAACUAGACGUGGCCACAGACACCUUCUUCCAGAACCCAGACUCGUUCCACAAGGACUCCAUGAGAAACGCCGUGGACAGGAAGAAGCUGGAGCAGCUGUAUAACAGGUACAAAGACCCACAAGAUGAAAAUAAAAUUGGAAUUGAUGGGAUUCAACAGUUUUGUGAUGAUUUAAGCCUCGAUCCUGCCAGUAUCAGCGUUUUGGUUAUAGCAUGGAAAUUCAGGGCAGCGACUCAAUGUGAAUUUAGCAAAAAGGAAUUUGUAGAUGGCAUGACAGAGCUUGGGUGUGACAGCACGGAGAAGCUGAGAGCCCUUCUGCCAAAGCUGGAGCAAGAGCUUAAGGACACAGUGAAGUUCAAGGACUUGUAUCAGUUCACCUUUUCCUUUGCCAGGAACCCCGGGCAGAAAGGUCUAGAUUUAGAAAUGGCUGUUGCAUAUUGGAAUUUAGUAUUAUCUGGAAGGUUUAAAUUUUUAGAUCUCUGGAACACCUUUUUAUUGGAACAUCACAAAAGGUCAAUCCCAAGGGACACUUGGAACCUUCUGCUAGAUUUUGGAAACAUGAUUGCAGAUGACAUGUCUAACUAUGACGAAGAAGGAGCGUGGCCUGUUCUUAUAGAUGAUUUCGUAGAGUACGCACGGCCAGUAGUCACCAGCGGUAAACACAGCCCUUUCUAG